CCCAUCCCAUCCCAUCCCAUCCCAUCCCAUAGCCACAGGGUGCAUCAGCUGAACCCCAAGGGCUGAAGGUCAUCUUUUGUCCCAGCAAAAGAUGGGCAGCCCCCAUCAAGGGUUUAAGCCAUAGGAAUAUUUAUUUCAUCCCCAGCCUCCAUCCCCAUCCCUUACUGAAGCCAUGGGCCAUCCUGCCCCACAGUGUCACCCCUCUGGGGGGUGCCUGCCCUGAGCUUUUCCCCUUUUUUUAGGGCUCUUGUGUUUCCUCCCAUCAAGAUGGGGCCAUGCAGGAACAAGGACUUUGCUGUCACCCUGACAGCAUGAGAUGAACGCUGCCUGGGACCAAACGCUCCUGAUGUGAUUGUCACUGCCCUUGUACAAGGCAGGGAAAGGGAGGCAGAGAUGCCCCUGGCAGCGAUGUCCUGCUGCCUGCCCCAGCCCAGCACCUGCAGCCAGGGCUCAGCUGGGGCUGCUUAACACACUGACACGCUCCAGCUGGAGCUGGUGGGGCUUGGGGCAGGGCUCAGCACUGGGCCCCUUCCGGGCUCUUAUAAACCAGCAACCUGAGAGCCCUCAGGGCUUUGUCUCCCUUUUUCCUUUCUUUUCCCUCUGUCUUCCAGGAGCCUUAGGUUGGAGGUGAGAGGGUUGGGGUCUGCUCCCUGCAGCUCUAGGAUGUAGUGCCAGGAUCUCCCACGCUUCCCAGCACUGCCACGCAGAUGAAGGACCAUGUCAUCGCGUAGCUCCGUGGUGGCCUUGGGGCUCGGUUCCCAGCCCAGCUCCAGCAUCCCACCGUCUGUGCAAAGAAAUUCCUUCCCUGGGCUGCACUUCCCGUCGCAGAGCUGCUUGCUCAGCCAGGACAGCUUCUUUGAGAGCUUCAAUGGGAGUUUCUGUGAUGCGAGUGAUGCUGUGGGUGCAGAACUAUUCAACUGCAGCUACUCCGUCCCCGACCCACAGCUGGUCCGCAGGAUCGUGUCCCAGGUGGAGUUCUACCUCUCUGAUGAGAACCUGGCCAAGGACGCCUUCCUCCUGAAGCACGUCCAGAAGAACAAGUUGGGUUUUGUCAGCAUCAAGCUGCUGACAUCCUUCAAGAAGGUGAAGUACCUGACCCGUGACUGGCGCCUCACGCUCUAUGCCCUGCGCUUCUCCGAGUUGCUGGAGGUCAACCAGGAGGGCACCAAAGUGCGGCGUCGCGUCCCCAUCCCCGACUCGCUGCUCAGCAUCCCCCCCAGCAAACUGCUGCUGGCCUGGGACCCGCAGCCCCCGGAGCCGGGCACGCCGCCACCGCUCCAGAAGAAUUUCAUUGAGACCAUCACGCAGAUGUUCAGCCCCUUCGGGGCCAUCGCCUCCAUCCGCAUCCUCCGGCCGGGCCGCAAGCUGCCGUCGGACGUUCGGAAAUACGCGACGCGCUUCCCCGAGCUGCUGAGCCGCUGCUGCGCGCUGGUGGAGUACGAGAGCCUGGAGAGCGCGCGCAGGGCCUGCGAGGAGCUGGGCCGGCCCUGCUCCCGUGGCAUCUGCGUGGUGAGGCUCUCGGGGAAGGGAUCCAAGAAGAGGAGCGGGGCUGAGCGGGAGGAGCUGGUGGAGACGCUGGGAUGGAAGGCGCGGGCCGAGGCCUUCCCCUACGGCCUUGGGGAUUCGCUGUUCUGCAGCUCCCCGGAGUCGGACGCGGCCUCGCCGCCGCUGCUCUCGGCGCUCACUUGGCCCCAUGGCCACGACUUCCAGCCCGGCUCCUUCAGCAGCGCCUUCGCUGGGUCGCUCCUGGCCAACACGGCCUUCCCUCCGCUCACUGCAGAGCUGGGAUUCAGCCUCAGCGCCAGCCCCAAGAGCCCUGAUUUGGGCUGGGGGAGCACGUGGGCCCCCUGGCACAGCAGCUUGGCCCCCAGCCCCUCUCUGGAUGCCACAUCCCCUCCCAGAACCCCCGUGGCUGUGAAACCCAAGUCCCGUGUGCUGCGCCUGCCCCAUGGGCCUGAUGGCACCAAGGGCUUCUAUAACAGCAUUGGGAGAGGGAAGCUUGUCCUCGGGCACUAAGGCUCCUUUACGUUUGGGUUAUGGGAUUUUUUUUAUUUUAUUUUUUUUUAUUUUCCUUCUUUUCUCGAGCAGAACAUGUCUUUGUGGCCUAUAGAGGCGCUGCCACUGCAUGUGGUUCUGUUUCGGAGUGAGGAUGCUCAGGGCAGGGGCAGCACCCAAAGCUUUUUUGGUGCCUGAGCCAUCCUCACUGCCCCUACUGGGGUUUGUGCUCGGGUGACGGUCACUGGUUCUGCUGGGAUCCGGGAUGGGUUUGGGAUCUGGUUCUGCUGGGACCCCAUCGCUCCCCCGUGCUCCGGGGAUGGUGAUGAUGGGGACACCAAGAGCUCGAGUAUGGCGGAGUGGUGGCACCGCGGCCCCAAGAUGCUGUGUUGGCUGCAUUGGUAUGAAGUUGAGGAGCUCAGAUAUGGAAUGCUGAAUAAAGAGAGGUGAUGUUUUCAUGCAGUUUCUAGCCG